AUGCCCCGCGUCGCAAAUAAGGUGCACCGCCGUUCCAACGGCACUUCUACACCCCAUAAGAACUCUCCAGUCAAGAUACCCCUCAAUGAUGAUGAAGGGGAAAAGGCCGCGCGCAUGGAGGCCCGUCAAGCGCUUCAUGAUCGCCAAAUGAGUCAAAUCAAGGCUGCAGUCAAAACACCCAUGCCGCCCCGCCGAUUUACUACGUACGACCGCGAAGGAAGCGACAGCCCGGCAACCCCGAGAGGCUCAGGUCAUCGGGGUCGAGUCAGCGACGUGAACGGCCGCGCAGUGACGCCGAUGAAGCGUGUGCCCAUUUUGGCCAAUUUUGAAGAGUGGAUGAAAAUGGCGACCGAUAACAAGAUUAAUGCGAACAACUCAUGGAACUUUGCGCUUAUCGAUUACUUCCACGACAUGUCCUUGCUGAAGGAGGGUGAUGGUGUCAAUUUCCAGAAAGCCAGUUGUACCUUGGAUGGUUGCGUGAAGAUCUAUACCAGUCGAGUGGACAGUGUCGCAACCGAGACGGGCAAACUUCUAAGCGGUCUAGCUGAUAGUCGCGAUAAGAGAGGACGCGGCGAAGAGGAGGCGGAAGAUGGGGAAGAAGACGAAGAGGGUGAAGAUGGACAGCCCCGCAAGACCCGCAAGAAGACUCGUUCACACGAAGCCACUCUCGCCCCCUCAUUUGCGUCCCUACAACUGAAGAAGUUUGAACUCGAGUUUGCCGUGGACCCACUGUUCAAGAAAGCUUCGGCAGACUUUGAUGAAGGAGGUGCCAAGGGUUUGCUCUUGAACCACCUCGCCAUCGAUGGCCACGGAAGAAUUGUGUUUGAUAGCAGCGACGAUGCUGUAGAUGACAGUGCCAAGACAGCUGAAGACGACCGUCAAGAAUCCACAGAGCCAGACCAAGAGACCGAAGACCAAUCGAAACAAACACCGCAGCCCGCGAGCGAUAUUUUUGAAGACAACAAGGAGAUCGACCUUGGCUCACUGGCAAGCCAGUUUUUCCCGGAUUUGGACCGUCUGGGCGAACAAGACAUUUGUCCCUCGCUGAAGAACCUCGACUUGGGCGAUCCUAGUGGAUCACUGGAUAUCCCUCUCCUCAAAGCGCCAGAAGACUGGCGGCAAGACAAGCUGGACGAAGAAGGAAGGGCACAUGAUGAUCCAUCUGGCAUCAUGCUUGACGAUGACAAUGCGGUCGGAUUCGAUGACGAUGAUGGUACCCUUGCCGGCUUUGACCUCAGUGGUGAUGCUGGGUUUGGUGAGGGUGGUGAGGUAUGGGCUCGGGAAGCAGCCCUGGAGCCGAUGCUGAACGUCCAUCGCGUUGCCCACGCUGGAGACAACGAAGGCGAGGGCGAGGAUGACGAUGAAGAUCCAUAUGCCAUCUCAAUGUCCCAUCAACCAACAAACCAAGACCACGAGAACAUCCUCAGCUACUUCGAUAAUGCGCUACAGAAGAAUUGGGCUGGCCCAGAACACUGGAAGAUUCGGAGAAUCAAAGACCAUGCAACAGCAGCUACUGCGGCCCCUAAGCAGCGCAAAGAGAAGGAGCCCUUUGAGAUCGAUUUUGCAGCCCCUCUGGAUCCUGCCGUUGCAGAGUUGAUCUACACUCCUGCUAGCUCUAACUCGGCCGUCUCAUUGCCAAAGACACAAUGGAAGACAAAGGGUCGCAACCUGCUCCCCGACGACAAGCACUUCAACUCUCGCAAUCUCCUCACCUUGUUCCUAAAACCGAAGGCCAAACUAGGCUCCAAGAAAAUCUUAGGAAGACGCCGUCGCCAAGAUCUAACAGCUGGCAACGGUGAUAUGGACGAGGCAUUCUGGGCUAAUCGCAAGCCAGAAGAGAACGCUGGCGAGGAAGGUGCCGCUGGUGCCUACGAUGCCAACUUCUUCGCCGACGAUGAUGGCCUUCCUUUCUCGAACGGCAUGGAUCUUGACGAUGACGACGACAACCUACCGUUUGCAGAUGCCCGGGAGAUGCUGUCUCCAGCACCAGACGGUGGCGCCGGUGCUUCCUCUGGGGAACCCGGUGGUCAAACUGGACUUAGUGCGCUCUUGAAUAUGGUUGGUGCUACGCCCAGCAAGGGCGGCUAUGGAUCACAACUAGUCACACAGGGUGGUCGCCGCGCAAGACCCGACUACGUGGCAUAUGCGCGUGUUGCGAAGAAGGUGGAUGUUCGUCGCCUCAAGACAGAAAUGUGGAAAGGCAUGGGCGAGCGCUUGGUUGAUGCUGUUGAUUUUGCGUCAGCCUCACAGCCUGGUGCUGUUUCUAGCGAAGCUCCAUCAGAACCAGACAGUGGAGCAGAAACCCCUGUUCCUCCCACACCCAAGGCUGAAAGUCCAGAGCAAUCUGUUGACACCAAGGACGCUGGUCGACUGAAGUUCACACAAAUCAUGAACAAUCUCAAGUCUGUUUACCCCGCAGAAACGUUACGGGAUAUCAGUACCUCAUUCGGAUUUAUUUGUUUGCUUCAUCUUGCCAACGAACAGGGUCUUGUCCUUGAGAGUGACCUGAGUAAGGUUGGCGCUGAUGCAGCUACCCUGGAAGAGAUCUUCGUUUCCAGGGAUGUGCACGCUAUCCUCGAAGAGGGUGGGAUGUGA